AUGGGUAAGGUUCACGGAUCCCUCGCGCGUGCCGGUAAGGUCAAGUCGCAGACCCCCAAGGUCGAGAAGCAAGAGAAGGCCAAGCAGCCCAAGGGCCGUGCCAAGAAGCGUCUUUUGUACACCCGACGAUUCGUCAACGUUGUUGCCGGUCCCGGUGGCAAGCGCCGCAUGAACCCCAACGGUGAGAAGUAA